AUGUCACCCCGAGUCAUCCCACUUGAAUCCAAUCCGGAAAUUUUCAACCAGUUAGCGCACAAGAUCGGGCUUACUCCGGUGGUUCAGUUCCAUGAUGUGUAUUCGCUUACAGACAAAGAUUUGCUUGGGCUUCUUCCGCAGCCAGUUUUUGGCAUAAUUUUGCUUUUUCCGAUAACAGCCAAUUACGAGAAAUAUCGCACGGAAACUGAUGCUGGAGGUGUAGAAUACGCCAACGUGAAGGCUGAGUCGGUUACCUGGCUCAAACAAACAAUUGGCAAUGGUUGUGGCUUGUAUGGACUUUUGCACCUUUUGGCCAAUUUACCCCACGAUUUGAUUAUCGAGAACCUGAUGCUCAAUAAGCUCUUGUUGACUCAGAUCUCCCCCGAGUCUUCGGUGAAAGAAGUGGCUACCAUGGUGGAGGCGUUGGAACUGGCGAUUCAAUUGGAUGCCAACUAUGGAAACCAGGGCCAAACCACCGCUCCCGACGCAAACGACUCGGUCAAUUUUCACUUUAUGUCGUUCAUUAAAGGACGCGACGGACACUUGUACGAGCUCGAUGGCCGUAGAAACGGGCCCGUGGACCUCGGUCAAGCCAAUGGCGACAAUAUUGUCGAAGAACCCAAAGUGGUUGAAAAAAUUCAAUUUUACAUGGAAAACGCCGAUGAGCAAAACAAGCACAACUUUGCCAUGAUGGCCAUAGGUCCGUCAACUGAGUAA